UCAUAAUGUUUCAAAUAGUUAAUGGCCGAUAUCGAAGUGACAAUUGUUUUUUAAAGUUUUGAAUCGUACACUUGUUAAUACUUUCGUACUGUCUUGUUUAAAAAUUUUCAGUUUUUGUUAUCCUGCUUUUUCUAUGUAACAAAACAAACUCAAAAGGUGUUUAGGUUAUCGUUACUUUUUAUCAUAUCUUGUGUUUCUGUAUUAUUGCUCGAUUUCUAGUCAAUUAAUAAUUGCUACAAAAAUACAGUAUAUAUUGUCAAUUAGAUAUUAAGAACAUUGCAGGAAAGGUUUGCAUCAAUCAUUAUAUAUAUCAUCUGUAAGAGGAAAGUAACUAUUAAGAUUAACCUCUUAAAUUGAGGAAUGGCUCUUGGUAUUUUGCAGUUUGCCCACAGGAAUUUAGUCAAGUGUCCAUUAGUUUCCACUAUGGCAACAUCCGUGUCAGUUGAUGAGCGUAUGUUAAAAGGAAUAAGAAAAAUAAUUCCAAAUUUGAAUAAUACCAAAUAUAAAGGACAAGAUGGUAGAAUUGGAAUAUUUGGUGGUAGUAUCGAAUACACUGGUGCCCCGUAUUAUGCAGCAAUGAGUGCACUUCGCACUGGAUGUGACUUAGUGCACAUAUUUUGUGUGAAAGACGCAAGCAUUCCUUUGAAAUCAUUUAGCCCAGAACCUAUUGUUCAUCCAGUUUUAGAUCAAUAUGAUGCGAUUAAACAAGUAAGACCAUGGCUUGAUCGUUUGCAUGUAAUCGUUAUCGGACCAGGUCUUGGUAGAGAUGAUAAAAUAUUUAAAACAAUUGUUGAAUUAAUUUCAAUUUGUCGUGAUAUGAAAAAGCCACUAGUAAUUGACGCGGAUGGAUUAUUUCUAAUUAGCCAAAAGCCUGAUAUUAUAAAAGAGUAUCCAGGUGUAGUUCUUACUCCUAAUGCAAUGGAAUUCAGUCGUCUUGUUAAAGGAGUACUGGACAAAAAUGUUCAACCCACACCAAUGAUUAAAGCUAACGAUGUUAAACAUUUGGCAGAUGCAUUUGGCAAAAAUGUAGUAAUUUUGCACAAAGGAGCAAAGGAUGUAAUUGCAGAUGGACAUAAAGGUACAGAAGCUGUGUCAUGUGGAUUAGCAGGUUCUGGAAGAAGAUGCGGAGGUCAAGGAGACUUACUAUCUGGCGCGUUGGCUGUAUUUUGGUGGUGGGCUAUUUGCGCUGGAAGUAGUGAAAGUGCUUUGUCACCUCCAAUAGCUGCAAGUUACGCCGCAUCUAGAUUAGUAAGAGAAUGUAAUGCAUCUGCAUAUAAGAUAAAGCAAAGGGGAAUGCUAACAUGUGAUAUAUUGGAACAAAUACAGCCAGUUUUUGCUAGAAUUUUUGAAACUCAUUGUAACAAAACAUCUUCAUUCAAUGGGAGAAGUCGAACACGAAGCACUGAUUCCUGAAUUAUAUCUAUAAUUCCUUAAUUUUUUAUAGUACAUAAAAAUUUAGUAUAUUUUUGGAUCAUUAAAUCAUGAAGUGAUAUCGUUAGAAAGGAAAAUUAUAUAAAUUCAGGAAUGUAAAAAUCACAAUGAAUUUAUUAUAACUAAUGAUAGAUCUUUUUAAUGUCAUUAAAUGCAUUACAAAAUAAAUAAAACAUUUUAUAAGCUUU